UGUCUGUCUGUCUGUCUGUCUGUCUGGCAGUGUGUGUGUCUUAUAUAUGGGCACAGAAAAAAGUGAUAUGAUGGAGGAAAAGAUGGCCAUGAAGGGAAAUGGAGGCACCUGCACAGUUUCGGUGCCAAACGGACAGCCAAAGACGCCUGCAGAGCUGGAGGGAAGAGGUAAUUGGGGUAACAAAGCUGAGUUCAUCCUCACUGUGAUGGGAGCCAUCAUCGGACCUGGCAAUGUCUGGAGGUUCCCAUACCUGUGCUACAGAAACGGAGGAGGUGUGUUCUUCAUCCCAUACUUCUUGUUCAUGAUUACAUGCGGAAUCCCUUUAUUCUUCCUUGAGACUGCCUUGGGACAAUACACCAGCCAGGGGAGUAUAACGUGCUGGAGAAAGAUUUGUCCUCUUUUCCAAGGCAUGGGCUAUGCCAGUCACUUGAUCAUCUCAUUCAGUGCCACCUCUUAUAUUAUCAUCAUUGCAUGGGCUUUCUUUUACCUGUUCUCGUCCUUCAGUGCGGUUUUGCCUUGGGCCACAUGUGGAAACGACUGGAACACAGACUCAUGUCUGGACCUCAGCCAUCCAAAUCUGAGCCUCAGCGUGACAUCCAGGCUGAAUACCACACUCCCUGUUGUGGAGUUCUGGCAGCGCCGGGUUUUGAAAAUCUCUAGUGGUAUUGAGGAUGUCGGUAGCUUGAGAUGGGAGCUGGUCUUGUGUCUCAUCCUGUCCUGGGUCAUCUGCUACUUUUGCGUUUGGAAAGGCAUCAAGUCAACAGGAAAGGCAGCUUUCUUCACAGCCACCUUCCCCUACGCUAUGCUGUUGAUUUUGCUCAUACGUGGUGUUACCCUACCGGGGGCCAGGGACGGGAUCAUUUACUAUCUCUACCCGGAUAUCUCCCGCCUUUCAGAUCCCCAGGUGUGGAUGGAUGCUGGCACUCAGAUCUUCUUCUCCUAUGCCAUUGGCCUUGGAUUCCUAACAUCUCUUGGGAGUUACAACACUUACAAGAAUGACUGUUACAGGGACUGUUUCUACUUGUGUCUGCUGAACAGUGCCACCAGCAUUGUGUCAGGCUUCGCCAUUUUCUCUGUUUUGGGUUACAUGACCAAGGAACAAGGGGUGGAUAUUUCUGAAGUAGCUGAAUCAGGUCCAGGGUUAGCAUUUAUUGUCUACCCACGUGCUGUAGCCAUGAUGCCCAUGCCUCAGGUGUGGUCGGUGUGUUUCUUCGUCAUGAUCAUUCUGCUUGGAUUGGACAGUCAGUUUGUCGGCAUGGAGUGUCUGAUGACGUCACUGACUGAUUUGUUCCCUACAUACCUGCGCCAAGGCUGUAGACGUGAGCUGGUUCUGCUGGCUAUCUGCAGUACCUGCUGUUUGCUGGGACUCUCCCUGGUCACUGAGGGAGGGAUAUACCUGCUCCAGCUCUUGGAUCAUCAUGUCUGCAGCGGCACCACCCUGCUCCUCCUCUCCCUCUGCCAGUCUGUCAGCAUUGCCUGGGUGUACGGUGCUGACCGUUUCUAUGGUAACAUCACAGACAUGAUUGGUUAUAGUCCGUUCCCAUUCAUGAAGUACUGCUGGCGCUACAUCACUCCCUUCUUCUGUUUUGGAACCUUUAUCUUCUCUAUCGUCAAAUACUCCCCGCUGAAGUUCAGUAACACUUAUGUUUAUCCACUCUGGGCCAACAUCCUGGGUUGGUUCAUCGCCACCGUCUCCCUCUCCCUCAUCCCGCUGUUUGUAUUAUAUAAAAUGACGCAGGGAAAAGGCACUCUUCGACAGCGAUUCUUGUUGCUCUGCCAGCCCGCGGACCUCACCUUGGAUCAAAAGUGUCACCCUACUCUGGGAACCACUUCCUGCACAGAGCUCAAACCUUUAUCCCAACAUGGGGAACUCACGCAGUGAACAAACGUACAUGCAGCGACGUACAUGAAGCCUGCCUUGGCGGAGGUCUGCGCUCUCCG